CAAUAUAUGGAAAUUAUUGUCUUUUGAAGGUUGCGUUUUCAUGGAAAGAUUCGAAAACUUUACUACAGGACAUAGAAAGCACUGCAAAUUCACCCGUCAUGGAAUUUCGCAGAAAGAUGCUUCUGGCCGCUGUAGACUUGCAGGCUUCGCUAGGCAUUAAGGACCUUGGUCAAUUCUUCUACAAACCUAUCAAAUGCAGUGAGGAUUGCACAGUCUUGGUGACAGUCAGCGAACUUGCCAAAUACGAACAAUGCAACAGUAAUUUAGAAUGGACUUCAUUAAACAACAUCGUGAAAAAAGUUUCUACUUUAGAUGGUGAGGAGCUUGGACCAUCGGAAGUUGUUCUGAGUAAGGUUAAUGAGAUGAUCUUAUCUCAUCAGAGGAGCAAUGCCGUUUUACCCAGGGGCUUGUAUAUGGGCUACCUAAAACUGAAGAGCAGCAUGAAUCAGAUGAAUAUCCUGGUUUCUAACUCUUUUGUUAAUGUCUUACCCUAUGUCAAGAUCAGAGAAUCGCCGGAUGUAACCAGAGAGGAAUGGGAAUUUAUUAGAAACCUUGGAAACGAUGUGCCCCAAAUAAAACCAAAGCCAUCUCAGCAACAUUUCAGAGAAGAUCUGAAUCUUGCGUCAGUGAAAUUGUUAAACUCAUUAAAUGUCAGCAAACACUACACCAGAUCCCACAGACUCUACGACAGUGAAGUCAUUCGCCUCAACCAAGACGUGAGUUUCAUUCCAUUGCUGCCCCCAGUGGACUGUGUAUGCACUGGUCCCGCUCAGCAAGAAACGCCUUUGGCCAAGAGCAAAUAUAUGCCAAUACAGGCUUUUGAAAUCACAAACUUAGGCACAUACCAGCACGAAUACAUGGGCCUUUUAAACACCACAUCAUCUGCGCUAGAGGUCGACUUACAUCGGUCAAAACUUGCGAAAAGAGAGGCUUUUUCUACAGAAGAGGUAGUAAGUGCCAAUGAAAUUUCGGGAAAAUUAUCCAAAUAUCAGCAGGACUUGGAGGACGCGUGGGAAAGCAAACGCUGGACAAAGAAGGUGGUAAAGAUUGCCUUAGACAAGACCCAAACACGAGGUAUCUCGCUGGAUAAACUUUUAUGCAACUGAGACAAGAAUCUCCCGAGGUGUUAUGUAAAUACUGUGAACUGUGAUAUGUAACAUUUACCUGUGAUGCAGAACACAUCUUUCCAUCUUUUGACACGUGCGUCGAAAGAGCCAUUCCACUCAGUGUAAUUAAGUUUAAAUUGUUUAAAAAGGUUGCGCUCUCUUUCUGUGUGUUCCCGUAUUUUAUUCAAAGUUUUAGUGUUUACACAUGUGGUAUUCGGUGCAUUGCAUCCGCAUAUGAACUACCUGAUAUGAACUACCUGAUUACGGGAUCACCUUCUUCUUAAAAUUUGUCACGCAACACUGACAGCAAAUGGUGAUAUACAUGUAUCUUUGAAAAUAGCAGUACUUACCGAAUAGAACGAAUAGAACAGCUUACAUAUCUAAGGAAAAUUUAGCAAGCAGGAAACUUGAUAAAAAAAGAACUAAAAACUAAAUCGAUAUUACUUUUAAAUUAUUCAAUUUCUUAUGACAAGGAAAAUUGAUUUUAUGCACAGAAAUUUAAUUAUAUGAACAUCUAAAUCGUUCUCAUUUAUAUAGAUAUUUUCAUCUCAAGAUAUUUUUUAUGCUGAAUUAUGGAUUAUGUAAAUUAAUUUAUUCAAUUUGAUACAUAUUUUCAUAGCCAUUAAUGACGAGGAAUCUUCAAAUCUUUUUAAAGAUUUUAAAAUAGGCAAAAGGUGAUUAUAGUUUUUCAAAGAGCGACAGAACAUUACAAUCGCACUACUUUCUUAAUUAUAACGGUCCUCAAUUCAGCUGACUUACUUUUCUUAACCACAAUCAUCAUUAAAUCACAGCCGAUUUGUUUUUUGUUUAUCUUUGGAUAAAAUGAACUGUGUUACAGACAUAAGUGUUUACAUAAUAUUCUUGACAUAUAAUGUCGGAGCCAUGCUUUUGUUUUGAUGACAUUCAUCGUUGAAAAAAGUUUAUUUUACAAAUAUGACCAGUGUAACAAAAACUUGUCAUAUUUAUUUUCAUAAUUGUGAUUACCACGUGAAAAGGAAUAAGCGCAGCGCAAAGCAAAGUGUUAGUGCAAUGUGAAGAAACCUUGUAUGGUACAUAUUGUCUCUACUGUUAUCAAUUAAUAGGAUACAUGGCCAUUAUGUAUAUAUUGUGUAAUUAUAUUCCAGGUCUCAAUUGGUUAGAUAAUGGAGAAUUUUUUAUUUCACAAUGAACAUGACGUUUCAUUAACCGGUAUGAUUGUAACAUCAUUGGAAUUUAAAUGAUACAACAAUAUCCUCACUUACUUAAUCAUAUUAUGGAACGACACUGUACGAUUAAAUAAGGCAGCAAGACUUUCAAAUGUACAUACGUACCAAUAACAGUAAUAGAACUGUUUAAAUAGCAGGGAUUAUCAGGUUAAAUAGUAGCAAAUAUCCUGUGGA